UCUAUUCCGUUCGCAAGAACAACAACAACUCAGCUUCUCUAACACACAAAAUUAAUACAUUUGUCUAUUCUUCUUUGAAUUGAUGAUAGUUUUUUUUUUCAUUUGAACGUGAGUGCCGUCAGUUUCCAGUGAGACGCGGAGUUGUAAAGUGUCGCUUCCUCGAUCAUAAAAAAAAAAUAAAAAAAAAUCGAUGUAAUAAAAAUAAAAUAAAAUUCAAUUAAAUAAAUUAUUAGUGAGAAACAGAAAAAAAAUAAUAAAAAUUGUCUGCGAAAAUUCGCCAGACAGAGAAAAAAAAGUAAAAAAAUUCGCAGACAAUUGUCUAUUUAUUCAAAUAAAUUCCAGAAAAAAUGCAAUAAAUUCACAUAAAAAUAGACAGAUAGCCGCAACACGCCCAGUAACAGCAAAAAAAAAAUUAAAAAUUUAAAUAGUUGUGUAACAAAGUGCAUUCAGGUAGCGGAUAUGAUAAUUACGGGCUAUCUGCUUUGAUAAGAAAAAAAUAAAUAAAUAAUUAAAAAAUAAUUAAAAUAAAUAAACUUCACAAUUAAAGAGGAUUUUUAUCGAAAAUAAACAAUACGACACUUGACUGCACAAUUUCAUCAAAAAAACUGCAUCCAAAUGCCCGUAAUAAUGUCAAAUUUUAAACCACCGACGUGUAGACGAUUGCAAUUCGAUGACGAAGACGAUGACGAAGCACCUGAACACAGCAGACCGAAUGGCUUUGCCGCAGAAACAGCUGAUCAGAAUUACGCAAAUGCCUGUUUGGAAGAGUGGCGACGUCAAAAUCGUCAGGAAAGUGCUUCACGAUGGAAUUUCGACUUUGAAACAGAGACUCCGUUGCCGGGACCGUACGUUUGGGAACGCGUCGACCAAAAUUCAUCGACAACGACGGUGGUCGAAGCCCGCGUUACUGCAAUAGAAACUCAACAAAAUCAUCAAAAUGAUCUUACAGAAGCCAUGGACUGUGAUGUAGCUAAUAACUCUGCUGUUACGGAUGCCGGCGAGGCAACGACAGCGGAUGUAGUUAAUGAGAGCUGUAAUAAACAUCAUCCUUCGUUGAUGGAGGAGGAGCAAAUGAAGACCCCCACAAAAAAUGGUUGAGACUCAUUUGAGAGAUUUUUUUAUGUGUAUAUUUAAGGAAAUAUUUAUUUUUUAAAAAGAAGAUUCGACUGAUUGAUGACUAAAUUAUUGCUAUAUGUGUUUUAAGUGAAUUUAUUUUAUUUUAUAAAAUUAAUUGGCUUUUAAGUUAUUUUAUUUUUUCCUGUGUGAAUUAUAUUUUUAUUAUUAUUUAAUUUAAUUUUUAUGAUUUUUUAAUGUAAUAAAAAUUAUUAUUUAAAUUUUUUGAUGUAUGUAUAAAAAAAAUAUUGGAUAAAAUGCAAUAAAAAAAUGUUUAAUAUAAAGAACUGA